AUUCUAACUUAUAUUUUAGAAAAUAAUAAAUAUAUUAGUAUUUUAUUAAAAUUCUUUUUAAAUAAAAAUUCAAUUAAAAAAAAAAUGGGAAACGAAGGCUCAAACCCAAGUAAUGGAAAAGCAGAUGGUAAAUCUUCUUUAGGAAACUAUGAUUCUCAUAGUAAUUUUGGCUCUGCUUUUAAAGCUGCACACAAGUCAGGAGGACUUGGACAUACUUUUACAUACUAAGGAAAAAUGUAUACAACAAAUACAAAGGAUGGAGGUGAUUACAGGAAAGAAUAAGAUAAUAGAGGCCAAACACAACAUUAUAUACGUGAGAAAGGCCAUAAAAUGAAUGCUGCCAUCAAGGAUACUACUGGUAUUCAUAAAUAAGAUAAAUUAACUGGUAGAGGUUACACUUGGACCUCAGAUGUCGAUAGAUAGAGAGAGAAGUACCAUAAAAUUGAAAGAGAAAAAUAAUAAAAUUAGAAAAAAAAAUGA